CGGCUGUCCAGGUAUUAUUCUCUUUCGACCGUGCACUUUUCCCCACUAGGCCUAUCCUGUGAGUGCGGGGAGGGUAGGGAAACUUGUUUGUCCCACCGCUACAACAAGGCGGAAGUAGUCAAGUAAAACGGUAUUGUACCUUUAACGGACAAAAGAGGAACUGAGCAGCCGUUUCUUUUGGAAACCUUCCUUUACUAUUUUCGUGCAACAUAGAGCAUUCUUGACCCUGCAAGAUGCCGAAGCAGUCGCCGAAAAAAGAGAGGAAAGCAGUCGUGGAGGAGACGCUAUUGCUGAAUUCUGUACAGAGGUAUUUCAAACUCGCAGGUGUUGUUUUGGGCAUUUGGCUGGUCGGCUACACCAGGUUUUCUGUUAGCUGGUUGUUGCUAUUGUUGGUUGUGUACGUAUGGAAGGAAAGACACACCAAGGCGAAGAAACACAGGACGGCCAUUGCUCAGGAAAUUGCAAGAGAUGAAAAGUCGGUGAUAUUGGCCCGUGUGGAGGACCUGCCUUCCUGGGUGAACUUCCCUGACGUGGAGAGAGCGGAAUGGAUCAACAAGAUCUUGGACCAGAUGUGGCCUUACAUCGGGGAGUAUGUGGAGAAGAUCCUGCGAGACAGCGUGGAGGGAUCGGUGAGAGGCUCUCUGCCGGCCUCCCUCAGCUCCUUCAAGUUCAGCAAGAUUGACUUGGGAGACAUUAUCCAUGGCACUCUGCGUGUGGUGAUGAAGCCGUUGAUCAAUCGUAUGCCUCUCAUCGGUGGAAUGCUCGUCUUCUUCCUCAACAAUCCGGAUAUAGACUUCAACCUUACCAGCCUGGCCAAUGCCUUCGAUAUUCCAGGUCUGAGGGCGUGGUUCGGAUCUGCGUGUUGGAAGCCAAGGAUCUGAAGAAAGCCGACAUUGGACUGACCGGGAAGGGGAAGUCUGACCCAUAUGUGGCCGUCAAAGUGGGAGCAAAGACAGAAAAGACCAAAGUGGUGAACAACACGGUGAGCCCCGUGUGGAACGAGACGUUUGAGAUGAUAGUGGACGCGGCUGACGGCCAGUUCCUGUACAUGGACGUGUUUGACGAGGACCCGGGCAGUAAGGAUGACUUCUUGGGCAGAGUGGACAUGGAUCUGUCAAAGCUGAGAGAGGAGGGUUUCCAAGACGAGUGGCUGCAGCUGGAGGACGUGAAGACGGGCCUGGUCCACGUACAGCUGACCUGGCUCUGGCUGGCCAACGACGCGCUUGAGCUGGACAGGAUUAUCCAAAAGGUGAGCGAGGAGAACACGGAGAGAGAGAAAAGUCACGCGGCCAUACUCAUGGUGUUCCUGGACUCUGCCUGCGACCUGCCGAGAGGCAAGAAGUCACUGAGCAAGCCCUCCCCCCAGGCGUCUCUGUCGGUGGGCCAGCAGGUACAGGAGAGCCUGAUCAAGUACAACACCAACGAGCCGCGCUGGGAGCAGAGCUUCCGCUUCAUGGUGCACAACCCAAACUACCAGAACCUGGAACUGGAGCUCACAGACACCAAGGCCAAGAAGCCCAUUGGCGGCACCACAAUCCGGCUGAAGGAUCUGCUGGUGGCUGAGGACAUGGUGCUGGACCAGAAGUUCCACGUCAAGACCUCGGAGACGGGCAGCUACGUCAUCCUGCGACUCUGUCUUAGGGUCCUGACCCCCAACGCUAACCCGGAGUGGUUGGCGGAGGAAGAGCCGCUCAUCGAAGAGCCGGAUCCGAACGCCAAGCCCGCCGCAGGGGAGGGCGACUCUGUGGACCCCCCGACCACUGGCAACGGCAGCUCAGUGGACAGAGAGGGCGGAGAGACAGGGGUCGCGGGGUCAGGUGGGGCCGGGGACGCUGCGGCUCAGGAGGGCAACAUGGCUGCCUCGAGAGCGGGCGAACUGGAGAGUGAUGUGAGGCAGAGGAAAGGGAACAGUGUGAACAGCUCGGGCGACCACGGACUUGGCCGCUUACAGAUGACCUUCAGGUACAGCCAGCAGCGGGAACGGCUCAUCAUCGUGGUUCACAAGUGUGUGAACCUGCGACCGGUGGAAGGUGACAGCAAGAACCUGGCCGACCCGUACGUGAAGAUGUACCUGUUACCGGACAAGUCCAGCUCCUCCAAGCGUCGCACCAAGGUCAUCAAGGACAACCUCAACCCCGUCUUUGACGAAACAUUCGAGUACCCAGUGUCGGAGGCUGAACUGUCGAGCCGCACGCUGGAGAUCAGCAUCAAGAACGAGGUGGGCGUCUUCUCCUCGUCCAAGACCAUGAUGGGCAUGAUCUUGCUGGACAUUGGCUCUCUGGACACCGGCAAGGCGGUCACUGAGUGGUUUGACUUGGCGCCGGAGGAGAGGGUCAAGGCUGUGUCUUUCGAGACGGAGAUCUGAGCUCUGCGACAGCUGUGACGAACAACCGAUGGGCCGAGAGCUUGCCCCUUCGGUAGCCAUCGGGUUCACCGCUGUUGUUCCAGUGGAUGUUGGUAGAUCUACGUUAUACAGAGACACCAGACACAAAAGUUCUGUGGACCAGUCGCCUCCCCUCUCAUCCUCAUUGUCGAAGUGCCCAUCUUUGGCACUUCGAAAAACCGCGAAUGAUUUUUGUAAACGACAAACUUGUUAUUUUAUUAGGCCAAGCAACAACAAAAAAAGUAUUUGUUUUCUUUGUUUUGUUUUUUUUUUAGCUUAAAAAAGACGGGGUUUUUUCCCAUAUUAUAUCUAGUUUUGUUUGGAAUGGAACGUGGACAAAGAUUUUCUCUAAUUUCUGAUCGAAAUUUUAAUAACGAGUACAGACUUUUUCUCUCCUGGACAAAAUCGGAGAAAGCUGAUGGACCUAUAAUUAAUCAUAUGUCGUGUGAAUUGUUUUACUUGUAUGCACCAGUAUAGCGCCACACAGCUGCUCAAAUGUACUGAGCCCAUAUUUUUUUAGAAGUUUGUUUUUUUUUAACCUUUUUCUAAAUCUGUGACAUCGGUUGCAUGAGUUCGAGAAAUGUUUUUAUUGUAAAACUUCAAUACUAAAUGUUGAAAAAAAGCAAGAAAAAAUACAGAAUUAGGUACAGUUGUUAAAAGAAUGAAACAGUUUUUUUUCUCUCUAUUGGAAAAUUUUGCUGUCUGGGCACAGAACAUUUGAACAGCUUGCUGACCAUAUGUAUUUUAUUUCUCUUUUUAUUUUCCUGAACUAUUUAUUCUUCUGUCUAUCCAUGUGGUUUGAGCUGAGCUAGCCUUUGAGGAUAGUCUCUCUCAGAUUUCUCAGAGUCCAAAGAAACGCAUGCUGUGCAGUUUGUUGCACUUACGUGGUGAGUGCUAGUUAGAGUACCGUGUUGGGCAGAACUUUCUGUCUCUCCAAAAUUUGAGAAGAUGAUGAAGCUUUUGAUAUGUCAAAAUUGAAAAAAAAACGUUUGAGAUCUUAAAGAUUUAUUCAAAAAAUGAUUGAUAUCACAAAGAGGAAACUUUCAUGUAGCAGAGAUGGACAAACUUUUGGUGUCGCAGAAAUGAAACUGUCGAGGAAACGUUUAUUCUUGUCAAUCGAGGAAGUCCCUUGCCUGAAUCUGUGAUAAUUCACUGCUGACGAUAACAUUUUUACGUGUAAGAAAGAUAGUUCUUGUUUGUAGAGCUCGUAAUUUAUUUGUAACUCAUUCAGGACAUAAUUUUUUUUCUCCAGCAGUUGAAACUAUUGGUUGUAAUUUAUUUGAAACCUCGCAAAUCAUUUUGCGGAUAUGGAGAUAGAACGGCUUUUACAGAUGGUGUAGUAAGCGCUGUUGUGGCAGUUCUAUAUCAUUGGACAGGUAAUUGAGUGUUGGAUGAUCACUGAUGUUGCGAAAGAAUAUAGAAUAGAAAUAACGAAACAGACUUUGGACCCUGUUCAAAGCGCCGGUAUAUCGGUGAAACCUCCAAAUGCGUUCCCCGGAAGUUACCGAUAUAUCGGCGCUACGUCUGAGAGGAGGUAAAGUGUUUGUUUUACUACCGAUAUAUUGUCGACUUGACAAGAAAACUUAGUUUUUGUACAUGUUUUUUUUCUUAUUCUAAACAACAUAAUUUGUGUGGAGAGCUCUCAUACUUGAGUUUACAGUCUGUUAAGUUAUUCACCCUUUCAUCUUGUACAUUUUGUUGGCGUAAGUUUUAGAAUUCGGCACAUCUACUGACGAGACGCUGCAGUUUUGUUUUGUUGUUUUUUUUACUUAUUUUUCUCAUUUAUGAUAACGAACUACUUGCCUGUGCGACAAGUUACUUACCGUAUCCUCAAACAUCAAUUCUUCAUAUUUGUUUUUUUUUUAACAUAUUGGCGGGAAA